AUGCGGAAGCGGAGGGGACCUGUGGAGGCCUGCCGGAAGCUGUUAGGGGGCUGUGCAGGCGCCGAUGGGCCCCUUAGGGGGCUGUGGACGCGGCUGCUCCUGCUGCUCUUGCUUCAGGCUACCCGCCCUGCGCAGGCUGCAACAAAUAGUUCAGUCCAAGAUGUCUGUGCCACUUGCCAUGCUAACGCCACAUGUCAGCAAAAAGAAGGCAAAAACAUCUGCAUCUGUAACUAUGGAUUUGUGGGUAAUGGGAGGACUCACUGUCAAGAUAAAGAUGAAUGCCAGAUUGGAGCGAGCAAGAUCUGUGGCGAGCAUACGUCAUGUCACAAUACACAUGGAAGUUUUUACUGCAUUUGUCUUGAAGGAUACCAUCCCUCUAACAACAACAAGACAUUUAUUCCCAAUGAUGGCACGUAUUGUACAGAUAUAGAUGAAUGCCAGCUCUCAGGUCUGUGUGGUGUCGGGGGACGAUGUGUGAACACUGUUGGAAGCUACAACUGCUACUGUAUGGAAGGAUAUAGACCAGAAAAUGGAACAGAAUUUUUUCAUCCAGCUGGGAACACUGUUUCAUGCAAAGAAAUUAGCUGUGGCCCUCUAGAGAUCACGCAUGGACACAUCCUAGGGAACUACACCUCUGUGCUGGGGAGUGAAGUUCAUUAUGAGUGUGAAGAAGGGUUUUACAGUGAAGGGGGAAACGUAUCUGUUUGCACCAAAGAUGAAAUCUGGGAACCCUCUGUCGUAAGCUGUAAAGCUGUGGAUUGUGGAGUCCCACCUUCUGUCUUGAAUGCAUAUUCAGAUCCUGUAAAGAGGACCACCUAUGGAAAUGAAGUUGCUUAUAAUUGCCUGCAUGGUUAUGUUAUUGAAAGUGGUAACCAGACUGCAGUUUGUAAUGCCAAAGGACAAUGGGAAGGUGCUGAUCUGGUGUGCAAAGAAAUAGACUGUGGCAGACCUUUGUGGAUUCCACAUGCAGAAAUGAUCUGGGACAACUCCACAACUCUAGGAAGCAUGGUGUACUAUAAAUGUAGUGAAGGGUUUCAUUUUAGUGGAGAGAAGAAUUUUUCACAAUGCACAAUAAUUCAGAAGUGGGAAAAUAUCACUGGUGUAUGUGAAGUAACAGACUGUGGCAGACCUCCUUCAAUCCCCAACACAGACAUGAUUUGGAACAACAUCUCCCAGCUGGGGAGUGCAGUGCACUAUCAAUGUAAAAAGGGAUUCCACAGCAUAAAUGGGAGGAAUAUGUCACGUUGUACUUAUAAUGGAUCCUGGGAAAUUCCAGCUCUAAUAUGUAGAGAAGUAGACUGUGGCAUUCCUCCACCAAUACAACAUGCUGAGCUAGUGUGGAAUUCCAGUUCAAGUCUUGGAAGUGUGGUGCAGUAUUCAUGUCAGAAGGGAUUUGAAUAUGCUGGUGGAAACAAUAUUUCAGUUUGCACAGAAGAAGGUGUUUGGGUAAAAAGCACUUUAACAUGCACAGUGAAGGCAGCCAUUGGAAAUGUGUCUGUAUUUAAUCAAACCUGUGUGAAGUGGAGAAGGAACACUAGAGAAACCAACUUGAAGGUGGUGUAUUUGUUUCAUGUACAAGGGCGAAGAUGGCAUCAAAAGGCAUUUUUUCAUGAAGCAACGUUUAACUUCACAGCAGAGAAAGAAACUCCAGAGCUGUGUCUAGACCUAAAAGCAGGCAGUAACUACACUGUGAACAUCACUGUAUUGUCUCCUGAGCCCUCGAGACCAGUCACUGUAACAAUCAAUACAGUUGAAGAGGAAGGAUUCCACAAUGUUUCAGUAUUUAAUGAUACCUGUUUGAAAUGGAAGAGACAUUCUGGAAGAACUGGGGUGAAGGAAACCUAUCUAUUGCACAUACAGGAACAACAGGGAUACUUGGUGAAAUCCUCCCAUGAAAUGAUGAUUAACUUCACCACAGAGGAAGAGAACCCAGAGGUAUGCCUGCCUCUACACCUGGGCGUAAACUACACUGUAUCUAUCACUGAGAUAUCUACCAAGCUUGUUUUACAAAUCCCCAUAAUGCUCCCAGCAACUGAAGAGGAAUUGCUCAGCAAUGUCUCUGUAUUUAAUGAAACCUGCGUGAAGUGGCAGAGAAAAGGUACAAGAGCUCGGACAAAGGAAAUAUAUACAUUUCAUAUAUUGGGACGAAGACAGUACCAGAAGGAAUUCUCUCGUGAAAUGAUAUUUAACUUCACAACAGAUGAAGAGACUCCAGAGGUGUGUUUAGAGCUGAACUCUGAUGCUAACUACAUGGUGAACAUUACUACAGCAUCCUCUAAGGGGACCUCAGCCCUAAUUACUAUAGCAAUUAAGACAGAGGUAAAGGAAGCCUUCAGGAAUAUGGUGAUACUUAACGACACCUGCUUGAAAUGGAGGCAAAGCCUAAGGAGAGCUGAUAGGAAGGAAAUCUAUUCAUUUCACAUACAGGGUCGACGCUUUUAUCAGAAGGAGUUCUUUCAUGAAAUGGCCUUUAACCUCACCACUUACGGACAGACUCCAGAGGUGUGUCUUGAUUUGCACCCAGGCACCAAUUACACUGUGAAUAUUUCCAUGGCAGCUUUGGAUCUUUCUGUGCUAGUUUCCAUGACAACUCCAAUUAUUGAUCCUCUGUUCCCAGAAAUAGAGUUUGUUACAGUACAAGGGCCUGCACCAGUACUCAGCCUACGAAAAGCAGAAGAUAGAAAUGGACCUAUCAGUUUUUAUCAAGUGAUUGUGCUUCCCUUGGCCUUGCAAAGCACAUUUACUUGUGAUUCCCUGGCUGCUGUGACUUUCUUUAACAAUGCCACUGAUGCUGAGGGGUAUGUGGCAGCUGAAUUCCUCGCCAAGGAUGUUGCUGACAACAUGCUGAUCUCUCUUGGAGACAGACAUUACUACGGGGCUUUCUAUAAUGCUCCCUUAAAGCAGGGGAAAGAUUACUGUGUGGUACUGAGAAUUAUAAGCCAAUGGAAUAAGGUGAGGACGCAAUCUUGUGCACUUUGGGCACAAAUUGAAGAUUUAUCACCCACUCUGCAACAUCUGACUCUUGCUGGAUUAGGGUCAGUCACUGCUGUCUGCCUUAUACUGUUCUUGUCCUUCUUGGCAGCACGAAUGACCAUGUUCCAUGGAACGCAUCAACAUUGCAGACAUAUGCCAAUCUCUCCCAGUGUCCUCUGGCUCAUCCACACCGUGUCAAUGCUAAGGGCAGGUCUACACUACCCGCCAGAUCAGCAGGUAGACAUGAUACAUCGAUCCCCGAAUGCACUCCCCGUUGACUCCGGGACUCCAUCAGGCCGAGAGGUGGAAGCGGAGUCGACAGGGGAGCGGUGGCUGUCGAUCUCGUGCCGCAAGGAUGUGAAUGUUUAUAACUCACAACUUCAGUGCUGUGCAGUGGACAAGUACACUGCUACCUUGACAUAACGCCACCCGAUAUAACACAAAUUUGGAUAUAGCACGGUAAAGCAGUGCUC